UGGCGCCUCGCUGGUGCUGACGACGCGGCCCGAGCGGGAGCGGCGGCCGGAGCGGCGGCGGCGGCGUCAGUGGCGGAUUCGGUGUUUCGGUGGCUCUGCCCCUUCCCCGCCGCGCCAUGCCCACCGUGGAGGAGCUCUACCGCAACUACGGCAUCCUGGCGGACGCCACGGAGACGGCGGGCCAGCAUAAGGAUGCCUACCAGGUGAUCUUGGACGGUGUGAAAGGAGGUGCCAAGGAGAAGAGACUUGCAGCCCAGUUCAUUCCUAAGUUCUUCAAGCAUUUUCCUGAGCUAGCUGACUCAGCUAUCAACGCCCAGUUGGACCUCUGUGAGGAUGAAGAUGUUUCUAUCCGUCGACAAGCAAUCAAGGAACUGCCUCAGUUUGCCACUGGAGAUAACCUUCCUCGGGUAGCAGACAUACUGACCCAGCUUCUGCAGUCAGAUGAUUCUGCAGAAUUCAAUUUGGUGAACAAUGCCUUGCUCAGUAUAUUUAAGAUGGAUGCUAAAGGGACUUUGGGAGGUUUAUUCAGUCAGAUUCUUCAGGGAGAGGAUAUUGUGAGGGAGAGAGCCAUUAAGUUCCUUUCUACAAAACUGAAAACUUUACCAGAGGAAGUGAUGACAAAGGAGGUGGAGGAGUUCAUAUUGACUGAAUCAAAGAAGGUUCUGGAAGAUGUGACAGGCGAGGAAUUUGUUCUGUUCAUGAAAAUAUUGUCUGGAUUGAAAAGCUUACAGACAGUCAGCGGGAGACAGCAGCUGGUGGAGCUGGUGGCUGAGCAGGCUGACCUGGAACAGACGUUCAAUCCGUCAGAUACGGACUGCGUGGACAGACUCCUGCAGUGCACUCGGCAGGCAGUGCCCCUGUUCUCAAAAAAUGUUCAUUCCACAAAAUUUGUUACUUAUUUCUGUGAGCAUGUUCUGCCAAACCUCAGCUCUUUGACUACUCUGGUGGAGGGUCUUGAUAUCCAGUUAGAGGUCUUGAAGCUUCUUGCUGAAAUGAGUUCAUUUUGUGGUGAUAUGGAAAAGCUUGAAUCAAAUUUGAAGAAGCUGUUUGAUAAAUUGCUGGAGUAUAUGCCACUCCCACCAGAGGAAGCAGAAAAUGGGGAAAAUGCUGGCAAUGAAGAGCCCAAGUUGCAAUUCAGUUAUGUGGAGUGUUUAUUGUAUAGCUUCCAUCAGCUAGGUCGCAAACUUCCAGACUUCCUCACAGCCAAGCUGAAUGCAGAGAAAUUGAAAGACUUCAAAAUCAGGCUACAGUAUUUUGCUCGAGGAUUGCAGGUGUAUAUCCGACAGCUUCGUCUGGCACUUCAAGGAAAAACAGGAGAAGCUUUGAAAACAGAGGAGAACAAGAUUAAAGUGGUUGCCUUGAAAAUAACCAAUAACAUUAAUGUUUUAAUCAAGGAUCUCUUCCACAUUCCUCCUUCUUACAAAAGUACAGUUACAUUGUCCUGGAAACCAGUACAGAAGGCAGAUGCAAGUCAAAAAAGAGCAAGUGAAGAUACAACUUCAAGUUCACCCCCAAAGAAAGCUUCAGCAGGACCAAAAAGAGAUGCCAGGCAAAUAUACAAUCCUCCCAGUGGAAAAUACAGCAGUAACCUGGGUAGUUUUUCUUACGAGCAAAGAGGUGGUUUCCGGGGUGGACGAGGAAGAGGCUGGGGAGGACGUGGCAAUCGCAGCCGAGGAAGAAUCUACUGAGAAGACUGCUAAAUCUUGCAUGCCCCUGAAGGGCUGAAGUGAAAGUGCUACUCAGCAAGUUUGCUUGGAGCAUUGUUUUCUUCAAAGACUGCCUUCCAUUGAGACUGACUUAAAUGUUCUUUAUACCUUUGUAUGUAUGAUCUACUUUUCUAACGGACUACAACUUGUCCAUAGUGAAACUACAACUGUAUUUUUGGAUGCUUACAGUCAGCAGUUUUGGGUUCUUACUUUUGAAGUGUCUUCAAGAUUCAAAAUUGGAAAAGAGCAUAGAUGUUUCAUCAAAAGCUGCAUCUUGACAGUUUGUAUAUUAACCUAAAAGUCAGCUACUGCAUAACUGAAAUAUAUAAUUGAGUUUAUGUAUUAAGUAAUGGACAGGAAAGGCAUGACAACCGAGAUAUGUGUUAGAUAAGCUUAGCAGCUGAAGUAAUCCUUUCCUCAUCUGUAACCAUAUUUUGUAAUAUGUGGAGAAGAGUACCAUUGUUAAAUUUGCUUUGAUUUACUUUCUUUAAUUGAAUUGAAUUAAAUACAUGCUGGUUUUUUAAAGUUUGCAA